GCGUCUAUUAUCAAAGACUAUAUAAUAUUCCUACAGAAGCGGAGAUCAUCAAAAUUAAGGGAGUACUUAGAUAUUUCUAACCAAGGAUAUUUGUAUUGGUUGCUGUUUAAUUAUUUGCCUGACUUCAAAAUAUAAAAGCAGCAAAAUCCUUAAACGAUGCCAUUUUGGAAGAACGAACAAACUUCUUUACCUUUUACUCAUCGGACAACAACUCGUAUUAUGUUUGUCGAUGACUGCACUUCUUCGGUUCCCAUUAGCAGUUCUCAGAUUGUAUUUGAUUUGAAUGAUGAACGCCUUCCAACUUAUGAUGAAGCAAUGGCAAUGGGACCUGUGCAUCAACAACAGAAUAAUCUAACAAGAAUUGUGGAAAUUGAAGAAGAAGAAGAAGUUCCACUUCGACGUCCACCAUCACGUUCAAGUCAAAGGAUCAGUUAUUGCGAAUGUAAAGCAUUUCAAUGGCAAUAUUAUGGUCUUUUGGCUUUUCUAUUUCUGAUAAUGGUGUUGAUCAUAAGGGUACUCAGACCAAAGACUCAUUAAACAACAAAAAAAAAUAAUAAUUUUUGUCAAGGCUGUGCAUUAUUGUUUUAUUUAAUUUUAAAUUCUAAAUUUUUGCAUCAUUUUUUUUAAAUUAUAUUAGCGAUAAAUUUGAAUGUACUUCAUA